CUCAGUGGAAAGAGCCCGGGCUUUGGAGUCAGAGGGGGAGCAUGGCGAGUCGAAGAUGGAAUCUAGACCCCCCAGCUGCCUUUGCCAUGCCCCAGGCCGCAGGUUCCAGGGAGCUGGUUCCACCAUCUCACUUCCAGGCCCGGCCCGCCGCAGCUCCUUCCUGGGCCCUGGCUGGGGCCCAGCUGGAAGUGCUGGAGCUGAGACGGGAGAACCAGCAGCUCCGGGCCGCGAUGUUGGGGUGGAGCGGGGGACGCGACGCCUCGGAGGAGCCGGGGCGCGGGGCCAGGUUCCGGGACCAGGAACGGCCCCAAGGUCUGAGCCAGCAGGCCCAGCUGGUCCCUCCGCAGCAGCAGGAGCUGCCCAGGCUGGAGGCGGAGGCCCGGCAGGGGGCUAAGCCGGAGGUCCAGGCUGAAGAACUGGAGGCUCUGAGGCAGGCGGGACGGGCAGAGGCAGAGGAGCUGCGCGCCAGCCUGGCCCGGGCCGAGGAGGCCCGGCUGAGGCUGGAAGAGGGAGGCCGACAGGAGCUGGAGGCCGCACGGAGGCAGCACGAGGAGGAGGUAGCCCACCUCACCCAAGCCCACCUGGAAGCCCUCUCCACCCUCCGAGGCCAAGUCCAAGAGCUGCACAAGACCGUCCAGGACCUGGAGGCCAGGGGUGGGCAGGAGGCUGCGGCCCUGGCCGCCGCCCAGGCAGAGGCGGACACCCUGCAGGAACAGCUCAAAAAGAGCCGGGAGGAGCUGGAGGCCCGAGACUCACUCGUCCGGCAGCUGAGGAAGCAAGUGGCGGAGCAGGGAAUGGCUCAGACCAGGUGCCAGGCUUGGGAGCAGGAGAGGGGCGAGCUGCAGCAGGCCGUGAAGAGGCUACAGGAGGAGCGGGUGGCUCUUAGCAGCACUUCGGAGCUGCUGCAGGUCCGCGUCCAGAGCCUCACGGACAUCCUCACCCUGCAGGAGCGAGAGCUGGCUCAGAAGGUCCCGAAUGUGAACAUCCUGGAGCCAGAGACGGACCGCAAGGCCAGGGCCCUGCUGAGCCGUUGGCGGGAGAAGGUAUUCAGCUUGAUGGUGCAGCUGAGGGCCCAGGAGCUGAGCCACACCAAACAGACCUGCCAGCUGCAGACGGAGGUGGCCGAGCUGAAAAAAGAGGUGGCGUCCCAGAGGCAGCAGGAGGCCCUCCUGCUCCACUCCCUGAAGGGCAAGGAGGCUGAGGUACAGAUGGAGCAGAUCAACAGCAAGGUUCUGCAGGGGGAGCUGUCUCGCUCCCAGGACUCCAGGCAGCAACUACAAGACCAGGUGCAGGCUGCUGAGGGACAGAUGCAGCUGCUCUCUGAAUCUGUGCGCAGUUCCCAGCAGGGACUCCUGGCCCGCAUGGCGAAGGUGGAGGUGGCCCUGGCCCAGCUGCCCGGCCUCAGCACCAGGCUCAGUUACGCUGUCCGCCAGGUCCGGAUCCUGCAAGGGCUGGUAGCUCGGAAAGUAGCCCUGGCCCAGAUACGCCAGGAGGAGAGCGUCCCCGCCGAGGCCGAGGCCCUGAACUCAGAACUGCAGCAGCUGCGGGAGGAGCGAAGCCGCCAGGAUGCCGAGCUGCGCUUCAGUGCCCGGCUCCUCCAGCAAGAGGUGGCCCGGGCCCGGGAUCAAGGGCAGGCGGAGCGGCAGCGCCUGGCCGAAGCCUCGCAGAGUCUGGAGCGGGAGCUGCGGGAGACCCGGGAGGCGCUGGGCAAGACGGAGACCCGGCUGGAGGCGGCCCUGGCCGGGCAGCGCGACAGCCAGGACCAAGUGGACUCCCUGAGGCAUGAGCUGGGCCAGCAGCAGGAGGCUUACGGGAAAGUCCUGCAGGAGAAGGUGUCGGAAGUGGAGGCCCAGCUGCGGGAGCCGCUGGCAGCCCUGGAGAAAGAGCUGAGCGCAGCCCGGAGGGAGCACAGCAAAGCCGUGGUGUCCCUGCGGCAGGCACAGCGCCAGGCUGCCCGGGAUCGGGAACGGAAUCUGGAGCUGAGGCGGCUCCAUGAGGAGGCCCGCCAGGAGGAGGAGGCCCGGACCAGCCGGCGGCUGCAACAGCUGGAGCGGGACAAGUGCCUGCUGCUGAACACCCUGCGCCAGGAGGGACUCCUCUCCCACUACAAGCAGCAGCGCCUGACUUUCCUCCCCAGGCUCCUGCCAGCCUCGGGGGACCCCACGGAUCCCAGCGUGGGGCCUCGCCCCAGGACCCCCACAAAAGAAUCCUUGGUGGCUGUUCUGGAUGGUCUGCAGAGCCUGAGCACAGCUAUCACCCAGGAGGAGGAGGAGGAGGAAGUGGAAGGGGAAAGGGGGGACUCCAAGGCGAGUGGAUAGAGGUUGCCCAGGCCCACCUCUACCUGCCCUCCCCAUAGGGGGUAAGAGCUGGGGGUUGGAUACUCUCUUGAGGCAGGGGUUGGUUGCACCAGGAGUGUGCUUUCCUGCAGCAAGUAAAAUGCU